ACUACUUGUGCCUACGGCAAGCUUGAUGUGACCUAAUUGUUUUGAUGGUGCUCAUUAACCAAGGAAUACCUUUACUAGCCUGAGAAGAAUGGAAUCGUCUUAUCCUUCGCAGUUAGUAGGCUGGGUGGUUUGGGGUAAGGUUAAAUCCUUGCCAUGGUGGCCAGGUCAGGUCAUGCACCCAAGCAAGGGCCCCCCGGAGGUCCGCAAAAUGGCCGCUAUGAAAUCCAACGCCGGCAAGCUCUUAGUGAUGUUCUUGGGCGACAAUAAGUAUGCAUUUCUCACUCGUGAGAGUGUGGUGGACUUUGCCGAGCACAAAGAGAAGCAUUCCAGCACUAACUACGCGAGCAAGUACUGGAAGCUUGGCUUGGAAGAAGCUGAGGAGCUGCUUGCUCGGCGAGCAGGGUUGGAGCCAGCAACAGAGCACGAACCAGUCGACUUUGCGGCGAAAAAGACCAACUUUAGCCAAUUGGCGAAGGCGUGGGCGAGCGGAUCACCUUCAGGAAAACAGCACGGCAGCGCAGGCGCGGGAGGUGCCCAAAAAAGUGCGACGGAACGCAACAAAGCGACACCCCAGCCACAGGAGGUCCAAAAAGCAGCUGCCACAUCCAGCCCUCCUAAGGAGGCGAAAUCCGCUUCACCCUCCACAGUUCGGGAACCGUCGAAGUCCCAUCGCGCGAGCGGAACAGCAGCAGAUGAUGGGCGGCCAAAGUCCAUUGGGGGCGUCAUGCUGGAAUGGGCGCGCUAUAUGCCUCUCGUCGCAGCGACUCGCAAGGGUGCCGAAGCGUCCUCGGGCGAUGCAACCCUUAACUUCGCUAGACGCCUGGCCCGCGGCUUGGAGGCAACCGACGCGCCCUCAGACGAGCACGCCCUGCAGCUGCUGCACUCCCUGGCGCUGCAGCGGCGGCUGAGGGCAGUGGACAGCCUUGCGAGGGGCGGCAGCGGCGGCACAGCUGCAGCAGGCGGCAGCAGCGCUGACAGUCCGGGCGGGGCGAGGGAUGAUGGGCAGGCGCUUGGCGGGGGAGGCAUCAGCCCGGUGGUGGUGCAGCAGAUGUUCACUGUCAGUGACACGGCUGCGGUGCCGGUGCCGCCCGCGGUGCUGGAGGCGCUCUGGCGCUGUCCGGGCACCGGGCUGGCGGCGGCGGCAGCCGCAGCCACUGGGGCAGCAGCUGCGGGCCCGGAUGGUGCUCAAGCAUUGGGCAGUAGCAGUCAGGGUGCUUCCGCGGCCGAGGGCAGCGGCCUGGCAGCCGCGGCAGGGGAAGCAGCGGCUGUAGCAGGGGAAGCAGCAGCAGCGGUGCCGAGGGGUGCUGCCGGAGAGGAGCAGCAGCAGGUGCAACAGGAGGCGGAGGAGGGGCUGGCGGCGGCUAAGCAGGAGGAGAGGAAGGAGGAGGGGCUCCAGGGUGGAGGGGAGGAGCUGCGGGUGCUGGACUUUGACGUGGUGCUACGGCUGAAUGGCAAGCUGCUGCCGUACCUCGCCACCGGCACUCUGAGCUGGCACAGCCCUCCCAGCUCCGCGGGGCCCGCUGCGGCUCCGGCCCCGGCUGCGGCAGCGGAGCUGGCAGCUGCACCUCAGCCGCCCUCGCUGCCGGGUGGCCAGCAGGCUGCUGAGCAGCCGCCGCCGCAGCAGCUAGCCAAGUCGGCGCCUGAGGAGCAGCCGCAGCAGCAGGAAGGGCAGCAGGCGCCUGCUGGGUUGGCGCGGGUACCUGAUGGCCUGAUGCCUCACGGCAGCGACCCAGAUCAGCAACCUCAGCCGGCUGCAGCAGCAGCACAUCCAGAAGCUGGCGCCGCUGCUCCGGCUGCCGCUGUUGGUGACGGGGUGGUGGCAGAAGGUGAGGGAGCCCGGCCGCAGGCGGCAGCUGGGGCGGAGCAAGAGGGCUGUGUAGGAGCAGGUGCUGGUGUUUCCGGCUGUGAGGAUGCCGGAGGGAAGGCGGGUGCUAGUACCCGCACCGAGACUGCGUCGGAGGGAGCAGUGGGCACGGGGCCUGAGCAGGGGCCGGCCGAGGCCGCUCAGGAGGCAGCAGGGACACCCUCGCCGGGUGGGGUGGCGGGGCAGCAGCAGGCGGGUGAGCAGGGGGCGAGGACGCCGGAGCAGUCUGGAGAGGGAGUGGCGUGUGACGCUGGCAGUGGCGCCGCUGGGCAGUCGGACGCCUCGCCCGAACAGAAGGAAGCAGCCAGCACCGCUGGGGCUAACAAGGACGCAGCUGCACCUCCCGCGGCACAAGCCGAUCCACCGAUCGCAUCAGUAGCACCCGCAGAAGUCGCAACCGGCGCUGCUGCUGUCGCUCCCUCUCUCUCCCCCGCACCCUCCGCUCCCACCCCCCUCACCCCCGCACCCUCCACCGCCCCCGCCGCUCCCGCCCCCACCUCCCUCAACCCACCUCCGCUCCUUUCCGCCCGCCUGGACCUCUCCCGGGGCCUGGCGCCCUGGUCUCGCGGGGAGGUGCGCAUCACCUCCUGGGCGCUGUGCGGCCCGCGGCUGCUGCUGGUGACGGUGUCCGCGGACCGCAAGCGCGACGGCGGGCUGGGCGGCAUCAAGCGGGAGGCGCGGCUGCUGCUGGCGGAGGCGAGGGAGCGGCGGGACAGCAGCCCCGGCGGCGGCGCGGCGGCAGCGGAGGAUGAGGCGGGAGCGGAGGGCGAGCCAAAGUAUAAGCGGAGGCUGAGGUCCGCGGCGUCGCCGCCGGCGCCGGCGCAAGGGCAUGGCGCGAGGGGCAGCGGUGGUGGAGCGAGUGGAAAGCAGGGUGCGGCAGCGGGGUCGUCUGGGGCGGCACAGCAGCAGCAGCGGCCUUCCGCGGCAGCGGAGGGCGGCGGCGGCGAGGGAUCGACCGCCGUUGCAGCCUUAGGUCCAGCCGCCGCUGCGCUGAUGCGCUCCCGGAUGUUGCAGCAGAAGCGGCAGGCGAGUGCCGCUGAGGCGGCGGCCGCAGCGCCUGGUGGGGGUGCUGGCUCGGGGGCAGCUGCAGGCCGGAAUGGCUCGGGUUCGGACGGCGGCGCAGCCACUGGUUCCCAGUCGGGGACCGGUGGUGGCGGCGAUGGCUCCAGGACAGGCUCGAAUGGUGGAGCUGCCAGCGCUGACCCACGGGUCACAAAGAAGAUGAAGUUGGUGCGCUUUCCGCCGGGGUCGGCGACCAAUGCUGGCGCGGGUAAUAAUGGUUGCGGGUCGUCUGUGAGGACGAGCAGCGGUGGCGGCGCAGCGGCUGCGACGGCGGCAGCUGCGGGGGCAGCCGCAGGGGCCCCGGCAGCAGCAGCGGCGGCUGGGGAUGCCGCCGCCGCCCGACGCCGCGGCUCACAUGGUCAGCUGCCGCCCAGCACUGGCGGCGGCGACGACAGCGGCGCUGAAGACCGUUUCGCACGUGUCAGUGGCGGCGGCGGUGGCGGGAGCGGUCAUGUGGCUGCUAGUUCCCAGGGCGCCACCGCUGCUGCCGGCGGACCCCCGGAGCCCGAGUGGGACAUGUGCUACCCGCCCUGGCUGCCCCAGCCGGCGCACAAGGGCGCAUUCAUAACCCACGUGGCCCAACCCCCCCGUCAUCACCACCACCACCACAGCUCCCACUCUUCACACCACCACCAUGCGCGGCAAAGGGCGGAAGCGCGGGGCAGCGCUGCGGGCGCCCCCCCGCAGCACCCAACAGCGCAACACGGCCUCACCCACAGCCAAUACAACAACAAUAUCCAGAGCUACGGCAACUACGGCAUUGCACCUUACCCUCACCACCACCAGCAGCAGCACCACUCCACCUCCCAAUACGGCGGUGCUGUCAGCAGCCGCCCUCACUCCAACGGCCGUACGUCAGUGCCCCGCCGUACAUCAGCAUACGACAGCUGCUGGCCGGAGGACGAGACCUGGGCUUCCGAAAUCACUGCUGUGGUCCCGCCUCAAGAGUACGACUACCAACCACCCUUUGGUCCUUCUCCGGGAGCCAUGGCGGCUUCUGGGUUCGGGGUUGCGGGGGGCAUGGUUGGCACGGCUUCAUGGUUGACGCCGAUGUCGGGGCCGGGAGGUGCCGGCGUAUAUGGCAUGUCGGCUGCGGUUCCGCCGGGGCUGCCGUCGAGCAACAGCACUGGCGGCGCCGGCGCCGGCGGCGGUCCAUGCGAGCAGAUCCUGCUCGACAUCCGAGUGGGCGACGAGGGCGACCUGGACGUCGACGGGGCCGCCGACGCGGAUGCCGCAAUCGCUGUUACCGUACACUUGCCGCCGCCGGAGGUGCCCUCGUCAGCAACUGCCUGUGCGGCGGCGACGGCCGGGACCGCAACGGCGGCGGGAAACAGCAUGUACUACACUCCCAUGCAUGUGGGCGCAUCGUACGGCCAUCACUAUUACCCGGGCAACGGCCUCAUGUCAUCUGCGUCCCCCUUCGCCUUCCACCAGCCAUCCUCAACAGCUACCGCCACGCCCUUUGGUCCAGCCGCUGCGUUGGAGGCAGCCGCGAUGACUGCCGCCGCAAUCGGCGGUAGCAGCGGCGGCGGCGGCGGGGGCAGCUUGUACGGCGGAAUGACGGCUGCUGACGUGGACCUGGCCGUCACCGCCGCCAUCCUUGCAGAGCGGCACAUGUCGGUUUGCGAGUCGGCGGUUACAACUGUCAACGAUGCCCAUGCGGCUGCUGCGGCAGCGGCGGCAGCAGCGAGUGCCGGAGGGGUGAGUGCGGGAACUGCGGCGGGCGCUACCGAGGGUGGCACUGCCAUGGCGAUUGACGGCAGCGGCGAUGGAAGCUGUGGAGAUGGGGGUGCAGCAGCAGGAGCAGGAACAGCAGCUUCUGCUGGUACGGAGGGGUGCGGAGGCGGCGGCAAGGGGCAGCCCCCGGCUUCGGGGCUGUCGUGGUACGAGGGCGAGGUGGGCAGGCUGCGGAGGGAGUGUCAGAACCUGCGAGAGCAAGUCAAGCUGAGACUCGCCCCCGGCCUGCUGGACCUGCUGCCCCAGCACCACCUGCCCUACCCGCAGCUGGUGGCGCUGGUGGCGGAGCGAGUGCUGUCACUGGCCCUGCAGCUGCCCUCGCUGACCGGCCCCGCCAAGCAGGCCUUCAUUGCCUUCAGCCGCACACUAGCGCAGGAGGCGGCGGCAUGCGGCAGCAACAACAACCACCCGGCAACCCAGGCAACAAACCCGCAGCAGCCACAGUCGCAGGCUGCUGCAACCCACCCAACACCAUCACCAGCACCAACACCAGCAGCAGGCGGGGACAGCGGCGGUGGCGCCUCUCCCGACAGCGGCCCCGACCCCGACUGCUGUCGCAGUCUGGCGGUGGCGCGGGUGGCUGCUGAGCUGGUCCGCAGCGCCGCGGCCCCGGGUCUGCCGCUGCACCCGGAGGACCGCUGGGCCUUCAUCAACCUGGCCGCGGAGCUGCUGAGACCCUAGGGGGGUGCUGGCAGGGGGAGGAACCGUCCUGAGGCCGUCGUGGCUGCUCUGGUCCGGCAGUGUUGGGGUGGUGGUGGUGCUGGAGGGCGGAUUGGAAUGCUGCGGGUGCACAGGAUGAGACUUGGUUGGCGGUGCCGUGCGUCUUGUCGAAGUGAAAAGCCAGGGGAACUUUCGGACGGUAUGGGCUAGGAGUAGGGAGAAGGUAGGGGCUUGUGUCAAAGGUUGCCGCAAUGAAGAACCAGUUCCGCAGGAUGGGGUCGCAUGUAGCAGCAGCAUGGCAGCAGUGGAGGCGGAAAUGGCUGGUUGGGUUACAACAUGCGGUGUUUGUGCGGGGUGGCACGCAUGGGGCGGGAGACAUGCUUGCAGAUACGCGCGCGUGUCGCCCCCUCCUCGAGCCCUGUUGUACCAGGCUGUACGGCGAGUGUACGGGUGAACGACACACUUUUGGGUCACUGUAGCUAUUACGCAAGUACCAGCAGCCACGGCGGUGGACCACUGUGACAGAGCCGCCCGCCCCCAAGGCAUGCAGCAUACUGCCGGGGGCGGCAAGCUGGGAAACGUUGUGGUGCUGUGCAACCUACCUGGGGUGAACCUUGUUCCCCGAGUGGUUGACGUUGCAUGGGGGCGAUGCAUUGGGCGUGCACAUUUGGCGUCUGGGUGGGAAGCUGGCAACACAUGCAUGCAAAAGGUGCAGCGGGGACCCGGACCUUAUACGAGUGUAAGGGCAUGUGCGAUUGCGGAUUGGGACGGUGUUUGCUGUAAAACGGUAACUCACUACUGCAACCAUGUUUCCGUUGCUUGGACGGGUUUGAAGGUACCAUACCUCCGCAUUCGCAAAUGCUGUUGUUGACUCAGGUUGACUGAAAAAAGAAAAAGCUGCCUAUGCAGUAUGUGUACCAUGUGUAAUGUGUGUGGCGUUUGUGUUGGUGUUGUUGUUGUGGAGCUGUUUCGUACUGUGGUGCAGUCACCCCGCCUCAUCGCGUUUGUGUUCAAGACUCGUGCCAUCAUCCUCCAUCCUGCCUGCUUAACUUGGGAAGCUCGAACCCCCAUCAUGUAAGAAGUCCGCAUCCCAAGGUUGCCGCUACGGACUGCCUGUCUGUGGGGCUUUGCAGCUCUUGGAUAAACUGGGGAACUGGGGAUGAAAAGAGAUGGGGCUGACGUAUGCGGUGACAGUGCUUCCUCGUGUCGGCUGUUGUUGUACCGAUGGGACCCUGCAGGGAGGCGCAGGGUUCUGGACUACUGGUACACCGGGGGUCUUUGUUUCGCACGGUUUCCCGGCAAAGGGCCUGGUCUUGUUGGCCGGGCUUGUUGGCCGGCCCGUCCUGCGUUGCCUGUCUUACCUUGCAUGCAGCAUUCGGGGUGAAGUCAUGAUGUGUGUCCUAGUAACACUGCCACGCGUUACGCGACAUGCAUGGUGGCGGCAAGGGUCUUGUUUGCUUUGGGUGUAGAGUGUACGGCGGGGAGGCAGCCGUGAGUCAUACCUGGUGCAACCGGUCAUAUGCCCGCUACGGACGGAUGUUCCUUGCCUCCAAAACAUGGC